AUGAGAGCGACGUUGAAGCCCGCGUUUGUCGUAUCCUUACUGCAGCUGUGCGUCGUCGUUUAUGUUUUUCCAAUUUGCAGCGCCGACAUCGGCAGCGCCAGCCGGUACUCGCCUCCAUAUACGCCCACGGCGUGUUACGGCGACGAUCCGAACCAGUUUCCACCGAAUAGGUUGUUCGCGGCGGCCGGAGAGGACAUAUGGGAUAACGGGGCGGCGUGCGGGCGGCAGUACCUGGUGGAGUGCAUCAGCUCCUCGUUGCCGCCGGCGUGUCUGCCCAACCAGACGAUCCAAGUGAGGAUAGUGGAUCGGGCACUGACCGCGGUCUCACGGCCCCUGGCGGAUGGGGCCAACCUCGUCCUGUCCACUACGGCUUUCGACGCCAUUGUAGGGGCCCCAAUUCCCCUUGUCAACAUCCAGUUUGAACAGUGA